AGGUCGGUCAGCGGAAGCUGCCCUUCAUGUUGUGGCUGCGUGCAGACAGCAGCAGCAGCAUUAACAGCUCUAACAGCAGCAGCAUGGCUUACAGUGCAAAGAUCGGUCCGUCCAUCCUGAGCAGCGACCUGUCCUGUCUGGGCAGCGAGUGCGUGCGGAUGAUGGAGUGCGGGGCGGACUACCUGCACCUGGACGUGAUGGACGGGCAUUUUGUCCCAAACCUCACAUUUGGUCAUCCCAUGGUAGAGUGUCUGAGGAAGUCUGUAGGCCAAGACCCUUUUUUUGACAUGCACAUGAUGGUGUCUCGGCCGGAGCAGUGGGUGAAGCCGAUGGCUGCAGCGGGAGCCAACCAGUACACGUUCCACUUAGAGGCCACCACCAACCCUGGGAACCUCAUCAAGGAGAUAAGAGAGAGUGGCAUGAAGGUGGGUUUGGCCAUCAAGCCUGGCACUACGGUCGAAGAGCUGGCACCGUGGGCUAACCAGAUCGACAUGGCUCUGGUGAUGACGGUCGAACCCGGCUUUGGAGGACAGAAGUUCAUGGAGGACAUGAUGCCCAAGGUGAGCUGGUUGAGGAGUCAGUUCCCUUCGUUAGACAUUGAAGUAGACGGAGGAGUCGGCCCGGAUACAAUUCACAAGUGCGCAGAGGCAGGAGCCAACAUGAUCGUGUCGGGCAGCGCCGUGAUAGGCAGCGACGACCCUCGUUCCGUCAUCGCUCUCCUGCGCACCGCCGUGUCUGAAGCAAUCCAGAAACGUUCGCUGGACCGCUGAGACGUUCGUCUUUGUGACGCUCUGCCUGCCUCCUGUCCCCAGCAACACAACAGCCAGUGGAACAGACAUUUCUGGGGUAGAGUUUGUGAGUAGGGGCGGGGAGGGGGUCACGGUCUGUGGAGCUGACGUCCAAAUCCAAAUCUACUUUUGAUGUGAGCGAAGUUGCACAGUGCCUCUAUGAAACUUUCUCUGAACUUCAUCCUGUCCUGCCACAAUCUCCUCUCUGAACAGAUAACUCAAAGUGAGGACGGUGGAGGUGACGCUGAUCUCAUAUCUGUAAACAUUCCUGAAUCAUUUGAUUUACACUGUAAGUUCCAAGUAUACAUUAAUAAUGGAAAUAAAACGACCCGAGUAGCACUGUG